AUGCUUUACGACCUCAACAUAGCCUGGUCGCCAUCCACGACGCAGGACCAGCUUUUACAAACCCUCACCCUCUCCUCGUCACUCGGAUACUCUACUGUCGCGCUCAACCACACCCUCACGUUGCCACUUCCUCCUAACCUCACCGCACCAUUCCCGACCAUACCACCUUCGUCAACCUCCAAGCUCCCAAAUAUUCUUCACCGCGCGACUCUUCCACUGUCAGAUCCGUCGGCUAAUAACUACCGGAUCCCAUUCCUCACCUCGACAUACGACAUCAUCGCGGCUCGCCCACUGACGGAUAAGGCUUUUCAGAAUGCCUGCCUCACACUCGAUGUCCCUAUAAUAUCGAUGGAUUUCACGCAGCACUUGCAAUUUCACUUUAAACCGAAACCGUGCAUGGCUGCUGUUUCGCGCGGCAUUCGCUUUGAGGUCUGCUACAGCCAAGCUCUGUCCGCCGAUACCCGAGGCCGCGCCAACUUCAUCUCAAACGUUACCAGUCUCAUCCGAGCGACACGCGGCAGAGGCUUGAUGAUCAGCAGUGAAGCCAAGGAUGUGCUGUCCCUACGAGCGCCUGCGGACGUGGUCAACUUGCUUAGCGUAUGGGGGCUAGGCAACGAAAAGGGUAUGCAGGGCCUUGGAGAGGCACCGCGGUCAGUGGUUGUGAACGAAGGCCUCAAGAGAAAUGGGUUCAGGGGUGUUAUCAACAUCGUCGGAGUUGCGGAGGAAGCGACAGGAGCAGAUGAUGAGGAUGGCAAGACAUUGGCAGGGAAGAAGAACAAGAACAAAGCACAAAAUCGGAACCAAAAGCGUAAAAAUGGCGAGGAGGAGUCUCAGCAGAUCAGCAAAAGACAGGCCAAGAAGAUGAAGCUGGCCUCGAGGGCUGCAGGAGCUGAGAAAUAA